AUGGGCUCAGGUUCUGGGGAUCCCAUAUCAGAGGCUUACACAUUGGUCACUGAGCUGUACUCUCCCGCCAAUCAAAGAAAUCCAACGCGAAUCAAUGACAUUCACACGCGUCUGCAGCAGCUUCAGAGAGGCGAGCAUGCCUGGCAGAUUGCUGAUGCACUGUUGAGAGGGCCCUCGGUACACCAUCGGUUUAUGGGGGCCCUCACCUUUACGGUGAAAGUGAAUGUCUCCAGUCAAGAUAUUGAUGAGGCGACGAGCCUACAGGUCUUCGAGCAUCUGAUUCACAACUUCGUGAUGAUUGUGAAGGCAGGUGAGCAAGCCAUGGUCGUGCGGAAGCUUGCAUCCAGCCUGGUGACCAUUUUCAAGCAUCCAACGUGUCCUUGCGAGAGAGUACUGUGGCAGGUGGCAGCCAGUGUGGCCCAUGGGGGCUAUGUCUCUGAACAGCAAGCCCGAACAGUGAACUUUUCGACUGGUGUGCUGCCCAAUCUUGACACCCAGCAAGUCACAGCUUUGCUAUUCUUCUCGGUUACCCUUGCUGAGGCCACGCUUCGGCUAGAAGACGAGCCCCAUGAGGUGUCCGGACCAGCAGUUCGACGAGCGGUCACCAACACCCAAGAUGGCCUGUUAUUAGUCAAGUAUAUUCUGCCACAGAUAUCAGACCAAUCUGGAGGGGAUUUGGACUCGCAAAUCCAUCAGACCCUAGGGGGUGAGGUCAUGAACUCCUGGAAGGCAUGGCUAAAUGUUGCUUCCAACUGCUCGCUUUCAGAUGCAGCCGAAGUUCAUGACCUGGCGGUUGCUUGUGGUCGCAACAUCAUGGAGACCCUGAGAGUCCCUAUUCUGAGCGAACUCGCGGCCACUACACUCACCCAAGUCUUUGAGAGUCGCCGUUCCGCUUUCGACGACACUUCCAUAUGGGCUCUCUCACAGGUCCUCGCCGACUCGAUCGUCACAAACCAUAUCAUAUCCCUCACAGAGGGCCAAGAAGACUCCGAGGGUAUGACCUAUGUCGAUCUCUUGGUGGCUUACCUAUCACAUCUCCAGCUGAAAGUCUUCAGCGACCCCAUGAAACCGGAAAAUGCAAAAAUCCUCACUGUCGCCCACAACAUCUUCAAAACACCAGGCUAUGCAGUUAUUGACGACCCAGCGACGCCUCGUGUGCUCGAAUUUUGGAAUGAAAUUGCAGAGGGAGUGCUUGAUGAGUUGGAGGCAAACGACCCUAGAUGGCAAAUGAUCAAAGCACAGCUAGCACAAGUCGUGCUUGGCCUGUUCAACAAGCUUUUGUACCCUUUGUCAGAGGACUUGGCCGACUGGAGCGAUGAGGAGCGGAGUGAAUUCAAUGCGUUCCGCCACGAGGCCUGCGAUUAUCUCCUGUCUGCAUAUCCCAUUCUUGGCGUCGAUUUGGUGAGUGUGUUUCAAGAAAGUGCAACAAGCCACCUCCAAAAUGGUGACUGGCGCGGGUUCGAGGCUGCCAUGUUCUGUAUUGCCCAGCUUUCCGAGGCUGUCGAUGAGAAUGGCCAUGCAGACCAAUGCCUAGACGCUAUCUUUGGCAGUGAUGCCUUCGCACGCCUUUGUGCUGGCGGGGAGACAGGGAUACCUCUCAAGGCACGUCAGACUCUGGUGGACACAUUCGGAAAGUAUGAAUCAUACUUUGAACGACACAACGCUUUGCUCCCCGGUGUUCUUAACAUUCUCUUCGAAUCCUUGAACUUUGAGUCGUGCGCCCAGGCGGCUUCCCGAUCUUUCUUGACCCUCUCAAAGGCAUGUUCUCGAGUUCUGACGUCGGAGCUGCCCAUCUUCUUGGAUCAAUUAGACCGAUUCCGCACCAAGCCAACAGCUACUUCCUCCACCAUGCCCAAAGUCCUCGAGGGUAUUGCUACCAUCAUCCAAAGACUGCCUACAGAUGAAGAGAAAGUACAGACACUUGAGCGAAUUCUUAGCUUCUUUGUUCAGGAAGCCACCAAGGCGCAACAAGAGGCUGCCAACUCAGCAUAUGAUAUCGCUCGCUCGCAUGGCCACCUGAUUCUGAGCUGCAUUGCCAGCAUCGGAAAGGGUCUUCGAUCGGAUGCGGACGAGGUGAUCAACGUCGAUGCCGCCGCAGCAGACCAGAGCCCAUAUCCUCCGUCCUUUUGGAACUCCGGACCCGGGUCACGGGCUCAGCAGCUCAUCAUGGAAUCAAUGCGACUGCUUGUCGUGGGCUUCCCCGUGGACAGCAACAUGAUCGAUUCCGCAUGUGAUAUUCUCAAAUCUGGGUACACCGAGUCAUCGGGACUGUUUGUGUUCCCCCCAUCCAUGACGGUGGACUUUAUCAAAAGUUUCCCACUGGGCAUUUCCGGGACUGAUGUGAUUAUGGGAACUGCAUCUUCAUUCUUGGCCUCUCAUGCAUCUCAUUUCAUGCAUAUUCGUGACGAGGCGGUGGCGUUGAUGAUUCAUGUUGCCCAGCUAUUUUCAUCGAUGCUCGACAAUCCAGAUAUGUACGAUCCGGAAACAGCCAAUGCCGGCAUUGAUUUUUUCGCUCGUCUAAUGCCGAAAUACUACACGGUCUUCUACUCUCUGACGGGACCCCUGCCAUCUCUGGCAGCUAAUUCGCCCCAUCAGAGCACCCCGGUAUUUACUGUCCCGAUGAACUUUGCUCUCCACGCGUUGACCCGACCGGAGACAUUGACUCUGCGCUCGGCAUCUGCCUUCUGGAUGGCCGUCGUGGACCUUCGCGGCAACUCUCCCGAAGAGACCGCCGCGCUCGAUCAAGUCCUCGAGUCGUUCAUCCCCCGACUUAGUCAGACCUUGGUCAAUCAGAUCGCCGGUCGCUGUGCGCGGUCGGAUCUGGCCUCUCUCAGCGAUGUGCUUCGCCGCUUGAUCUUCAAGCAGAUGGCGCUCGCCCGCCCCAGCAUCAAUGCGGCUCUUGAGACACUGGAUCUUCACACCACAGACGGAAUCGCUCAUCCAGUCCCGAUUCUUUCUUCGCAAGACAAGUCUCGGUUCUUACAGUCCCUGGUCGUGGCCCGAGGAGCGAGACAGCAGUCGGUGGAAAUCGUUCGAGCCUUCUGGCUCAAAUGCCGGGGGAUGAGCUAUGAUUAUGCCCAGUAA